AUGACCACAAUAACGACUGGGUCCUCGACUAUUCCUCCUCCCCCACUUCCGACUGAUGAGGACGCGCGAGGCGGCGACUCGCCAUCGCCGACCGUGCAGACAGCCGCAGACCCGUCCCAACUCGCCUUAGAACCCGUGACACCGUCCCGCAUCUCCACUUUCGACUUUGGGGACGGUGAAGACAGCGCAAAGGCUCUUCCGCCCGUAGACGGGGGCCGGCAUGCCUGGCAGUUCCUUGCGGCCUCGUUCUUACUUGAAAUCUUCGUCUGGGGCUACGCUUUCUCGUUUGCGACGAUUCUCGUCUACCUCCAGUCGCACGAUCCUUGGCAGCAAAACUCGCUGUCGGCGCUUUCAGCAAUCGGGACGACUCAGCUAGGUCUCCUCUACGUACUGCCUACAUUCGCUGUCGUCGUCUUGCGGCGGUACGGCGAGUACGUGCGGCUUGUGCAGUGGACCUCGCUCGUCGUCAGCUGCUGCAGCAUGUUUCUCUCGAGCUGGGCAACCCAGCUUUGGCAGCUCGUAGUGCUUCAAGGCUUCCUCUGCGGCGUCGCCAACACGCUCAUCUUUGCCCCGGUCUUUCUCUACUUCAGCGAUUGGUGGGUUGCGCGGCGCGGGAUGGCAUGGGGCGUGAUCGGCGCAGGCAACGGCUUCGGCGGCUUCAUCCUCCCGUGGCUCAUCAACGCCGUCCUGGAGGCAAAGGGUUCCGCUUGGAUGUGUCGCGUCUGGACCGCUUUCACGGCCGUCACCUUUGCCGCCUCGAUCAUCCUCCUGCAACCGCGCAUUCCGUUCGUCAAGCCGACGGACGGCCGAGCGCCGUGGCUCGCUGUCGACUGGCGCUUCUCGCACAAUCCAGUAUUCCUGUGCAUGGCCAUCUCGACCCUCUUCGCCUCGCUCGCCUACCUCCCCGUCGCCAACUACCUCGCCGUCUACGCCGCUUCCUUCUCGUCGUCCACAAUGACCAUCAAUCUCGUCGUCGGCCUGUUCAACCUCGCCGCGUGCGGCGGGUGCAUCCUCGUCGGCCGCAUUGCGGACUACAGCCUGACGCUGGGCCUCACGCUCGUCGGCUUGUGCGGUCUAAUGUUGAGCUUGACGGCAUGGGGACUGGCGGAUACGCUGGGCAAGGUCUACGCUUUCGCGGUCUUGUUCGGUUUGACGGGUCAGCAGGCGGCGGCUUCUGCUGCAGUGACGAAGGACUUGAGUCUGAACAGCCCUCAAACCAGCACACUCAUCGUCACACUUCUCGCAGCCGUCCGCGGCGCAACUUCGCUCUUCAUCCCGGUCGUUCUGCAGGCCUUAUAUGACAGUCGGCACGCAAAGGAAGCGCCGACUUUCGGGAAGUAUGGCUUCCUUCGCAUGAUUGUCUUCGUCGGCGCCGCUUCCGCAGGACUCGCGCUUUGCGGGCUGCUGAUGGGAGGGCUGCGGCGCAAGUACGCUAUCAAGAGCAACUAG